GUGCUGGAGAGAGUCACAUUCAUGCGCGUGGACGCGUCACGCAACAUCCAGGAGCACCUCAAGAGAGCCAAAGUCGAAGAUCUUCCGGGAAUUUAUCGAGACUCGUUUAAUGUGCUUUUAGGAUGGAGGAAGCUCCGUCCAAUGAAAAAUCUUGCCAGACGGAUGUCUCUCCUGGAUCUGAUCAUCCCAUCAAGACACCAGUUUACUCAACAGAACCAGGAGAUCCUCCCUUACUCCAAACCCCAAUGCUCACCUCUAAAUCUGGCAUCCAGCAGAUCAUUGAGUGUUUCCGCACAGGUACUGCACAGCUGAAGCACAUUCUCCUGAAAGAGGUGGACACCAUCUUUGAAUGUAAACUCUGCCGCAGUCUCUUCCGUGGCCUUCCUAAUCUGAUCAAACACAGAGAAAUGUACUGUUUCACUCGAAUGCCUGAACAUGAUGUUCUUUCUGUUGAUGGCAAGAAGAGCGUGAAAGAACUUCUUGAAGCCAUCUACCCUUACUCCAAUAAAGAGGAAUGUGUAUUAACACUGGAGCCCAUUGCCGGCAACCAGAAUGCUGUGUAUCAAUACCUGUCCAAAGACCACAGCCUGGCAUCUUCAAGCCCUAAUCAUAGCACAAACAGCUGGGGACACAACAUCUCAGACAACCAAGAGCUGUAUACAAUGGAGAUCCCCUUGGGAGAGGAAGAAAACGGUUAUAUACACGAUGAAAGAGAGAACGUUGACAUAAUAGAGAGAGUAGAUGCAGACGAAAGCAAGGUGCAUCAGGAUAGUGAAGAACCCGAGGAGACAACAGAAGAAGCAGGUGAUCUGGCUUACAAAUGCAUCCUCUGCAACAGGACUUACAGAGUUCGAGGCCACCUUAAAAGACACAUGCAGACUGUUCAUAAGGUUGUGUCCUCUAGUUUGACAAGCAAAUCUAAGAAGAUGACCAAUGGCAAACUUGCAGACAAUCCCAAUGCAAGCCCAAGCUCUUCAUCUGACUCCCAGAGCUCGAAGAAUCCCAAGGAGAACAAGGAUCCAAAAUUCACUAUAGGUUUUGACUUCAAGACGUGCUUCUGCAAGCUCUGCAGACGGACAUUCAGCUCCGAGCAGAACCUGGAGAAGCACAUUGAGCUGCACACAGAUAACGGUACUGACUUCUUCGUCAAGUUUUACUGCUGUCCGCUCUGCCACUAUAAAACACGCCGCAAGAGAGAUGUGCUGCGCCAUCUCUCAGACUUCCACAAGAAGAAAUCCUUGUACUUGAGCAAGAUCUCCCAGUCGCUGGAGGACUAUUCAAUCAAGAAGCCAGCGGAUGUUGUGUUGAGCAAGGAUCUGUCCAAAGAUCGAGAUCAACAGGAGUUAAAAGCUAACUCCAAGCAUGCUUCGCCAUACGUGACACGAAAGAACCUGACGAAAACAGCACUGCGCAACAAGACCUUAAAGACUGGUAAUAAGGUGCACCACAAAAAGGAAGUGAAAAAAGCGAAGCCUGAUAGCCCCAAAGGCAGUGUCACCAAGAAAUCAGUGCAUGUGUGUGACGUCUGUGGGGAGAGCUUCAUGAAGACAAGGUAUCUGGGGUUGCACAAGAGAAUGCAUCUGAAAACCGCAUCCAGGAGCGCAGGAGUCAGAACUAGGUCAAAGGCCAUGCUUUGAUAUCGUCUGACCACAAACUGGACUCGCGGAAACAUCGGAAAAAAGAAUGACAAGACCUAUUAAUUAACUCAAAAUCUAUCCACAAAAGACUCUCGGUCACAAAUAGAGUGUAAAAUACCUUGGGAAUGUAUUCGAGAGCUUUCCCUUGGUCCUAAACACUCAUAUCAGAGAAUGUAUCAUGAAUAUUCUGUCUAUUAUCCUAUGAUUAAGGGACACUCUGAUGAACUAAGACAGUGGUGCUCAACCCUGUUCCUGGAGAUCUACCUUCCUGCAAAGUUCAGGUCCAACCCGGAUCAAACACACAUGAGCCAAUUAAUUAAUACCUGAACAGCACUUGAUAAUUACAGGCAUGUGCGUUUGAUAUGGGUUGCAACUAGAAUCUAUAGGAAGGUAGAUCUCCAGGAACAGGGUUGGUCACCCCUGCAGUGAGAGAAAAAGCUAUUAUUUGCUUUAUUUUUUCCUCCACCGCCAUCAAUAAGACUUGACGUUUCUGUCCAAAAAUGGCCAGACGAUUGUUCCAGGACUUCAUCGCAGUGAGUUUGGCCUCAGGCGAAGCUUCAAGACACAAAUGAUCCACAAACUCCUGCGAACCGCUGCUGAAGACUGGCUAUUGACAUCUAUUGCACACAUUGGCAUUCAGUGCAGUUGCAUAGGCUAGUCUUUUUUCUUGUCCAUUUCUGUGAAAGUGCUGGACGCUGAAGACCACUGGAACAGUCUACUUCAGUUAUAUUAGAAAAAAGGAUUUUUUUAUGUUUGGAAAUAACGUGAUCUGGGCAAGAAGAUAGACUGUCCAUGUUUGAACUGGAGGUGAAACACUUUUUCUGUCCAAUGUUUUAUUAUUGUUCCUCUUUAGUUGCAUCAACUGCAGUGCUUGAAAUGCUCUGUUAUCAGUUUUAGACUCAGUUGUUUAAUUAUUUCUUCAUCUCAAAAUCCAGGUCUUUACAGGCAUUUACUUGGAGGAUUUAGUAAAUGAUUUCUCAUUGUAAUCUGAUUGUAUUCACUAACAAUAAACAGAGGAAAAAAA